AUGGACAGCAGCCCCUGGGGACCUGGCCGCCCCCUGCCCCGCACCCUUCCAUCCAGAAGGACUUUGUCAGCUUGGGGGGCACAGGGCACAGUCCCCGGCCCCCGUCCUGAGCGAAACGUGGCAGCUGCCGCCGACCAGUGUCAGCGGCUUGUGGUCCUGACGCCCAGCCCCCCCAGGCUCGUGCCCCCCCAGGUCCUCUGCAUGGAGCUCCCCAGCUCUCCCGCAGCCCCUCCCUGGCAUCAGGGCUCAGCUCUUGGGCUGUGUCCUCUGCCAGGCCCACCCAUCGCCCGGGUGCCCCUUCUCUGUCGCCUGCUGCCAUGUUGGGGCGAGGGUGGGGAGCGGCCUCUGGCCCCAGCCAACCCUGCACCCUCCCCGAGCCGCUGGCCCAAGUUCUUCUGGGAGGUUGUGCAGGGACGGGUAGCCCUGGCUUAUCAGGCCGCCCCUCCUGGGCCCAGGAGCCGGGUGUCUUUGCUAGGUGCGGCUCGGCAGGCCGUGCUCAGGCAUCCGCGGGCUGGUGGGGUCCCCCAGGCCCAGGCCCAAGACCCAUGGUUCUUUGCGGCAGGAGGAGCCAGCUCGCCUGCCAGCCCCAGGUUCGAGUCAGGCCUCGCCUGCAGACAGGGUAAAUGUGCCCCUGUGAGGGCCUGCCUGGGGCACCCUGCAAGCAGCCUCCGUGACCCUAAGGAGCACUUGCUGUCCUCGCUGAUGGGCGCGUGGCCCGGCCCCUCGGGGCCUCUGGGCAGCUGCCGUGGGAAGCUCCGGCCACUGGCACUGCCACACCAGGGAUCCCCCUCCCACAGGGCAGGGAACAGCGGUGCCUUCUCAGCCGGCACCUGCGGGGGACAUGGGGACUCGGGCCUGGUGGCCCUGCCUGUGGGCCCCUCCCCUGCUGCCAGCCUCAAACCUGACCUUGACCAUAUGGCUCACCCUUUCUGGCCUUCGCCAAUCAUUGGCAACACUGUGCCCCGGCCUGGCUCAGGGCUGCUCUGCAAGGUGGUUCCUGGGGAUCCCCCGGUGGGAAAGGGAACUGGGGGGUAAGGAGGAGCGUCCUACCCAGGGUCAGCUGGUGGGAUGUGGGAGAGCUGGGGUCCCAGGCACCCUGGCCCGAUGCCACCAAGCUGCCCGUGGGUGGGGGUGGGUGCCAUUGGCACAGGGCAUGGCUGGCCUGGAAGGUGGCAGCAGCUUGCUGACGGAGAGCAGAAACCAGCGCCCAGCCCACACCUCUGGCAGCGUGGACCACUGCCUGACCCUUGCCUCGGUUGGCACCAUCCCCAGGGGCACCAGGGUCCGGCCAGGAGGUGUGGGGGUGGAGGAGCCUCCGGCAUAAACCUCUCCCUCUUCCGGUUGCAAAUCUUGCCCAUAAGUGGGCUAACCCCCAUUCCAUAAAUCCCUGCUGACAGAGACACUGAGGCCCGAGAAUAAGGGGUCCCUCACCCACACUCCCUGAGUGAGCACUUGCUGUGGCCGGCCCAGCAGAUGGAAGCCUUUCACCUGCGUUCCUUCAGUUAACACACACGCCGACUGUGGGAGGUACGGAGGAAACUGAGUCAGGGGGCCAGGCACAAACCACAG